AUGUCUGAAAACCAACCAAAAGAAGAGAACACACAAAACGCAUUAUCUGAAUUAUUAGAUGAUGCUCUUAAAGAUUUUGAAAAACCAGAUGAACCAAAUGCAUCAGUUGAUGCAUCAAAAAUAUCUGAAGUUACUAAUUUUAGUGCAAGUGAUAACUUUUUAAAAGAGAGUCUUGAAGAGACAAUGAAAUCAUUUAUGAAUAGUGAUCAAGCAGAAUUAGCCGCUGGCCUACAAGAAUUAAUUUUAGGAGAUGAAGGAUCUGAUUUACAAACAGUUAUUCAAGAAUCAUUAAGAAGCUUAUCAGAAGCGAAACAAAAUCUGCCCGAAGGAAGUGAUAUGACUUCAAUGUUUGCCAAUAUGGGUAUUCAAGACGAUAUAAAUUUAGAUGAAGAUAUGCUGCCAAUGUUAAUGCAAUUUAUGCAGCCACUGCUGAGCAAGGAUGUGCUUUAUCCAUCUAUCAAAGAUUUGUGUGAUAAAUAUCCAAAAUGGCUAGAGGACCAUGAACCAACAUCUGAUAAAGAAGAAUUUGAAAGGUAUACACAAAUGUUUAGUUGCAUAAAAGAAGUCCGAGAUCAUUUAGAAAAUCAACAAGAUACCGAUGAUGAUAUCACUAAAACUAGGAAGUUUAAAGAACUCAUGGAGUUAUUAAAAAAAAUGCAAGAAUGUGGCCAACCGCCAGAGGAAUUAAUGAGAGAUGUAGCUGAUGGUAAUCCAAUACCGGACAAUGUUGGCCAAUGCUCUCUCAUGUAG